UGAAAAGGUAAGAUAAAAAAAACAUUAUCUGAAAAUCAAGUAAAUAUUCAUACCAUCUUGGUGUGCGUGAUGCAACCAACUAUCACAACAUAUUUGGGUGCGCCAAUUGGUUUAGGUUGAUUUGUAAAGAUGAUUGUUCCAAUUGCAAACAAGGUUGGAAUUAGGGUUUCGACGAGGAUAGAUACUUGCCGCAGCUCUCUCUUCUGCAGCAAGAAUUCCUCCGUCUCUCUUCAUCCCAUUAACGUUGCUGACACAGUGUUGAUGGAUAUUCAAAAUUCCGGCAUUAUUGCUUGCCUUCGCGCCAAAAGAGUUAGCAGUGGAGGCUGCGCGUGCAGCACUCCGGGGUGGAAUUUCCGUUGUUGUAAAAGUAUCGAAUCUGUUGGUUAUAUUCUUAAAAAAACUUAUCUCAGAUCAAUUGUGUUUCAGUUGGAAAUCACAAUGUCAACUCCGGGUGUUUUUGAGGCGUUGCAGUGUCUGGUCCAAGAAUAUCCUUCAGCAUCAAUAGGAGUUGGAACUGUUUUAGAUAGACGAGAGGCGAAAGAAGCAGUAGAUCUUGGAGCUAAGUUUCUUAUGAGUCCUGCAAUGGUGAAGGGAAUUCUAAGCGAUGUUGCAGAGGGCCAAGCUCUGUAUAUACCAGGAGCAACAACCCCUACAGAGGUAUUAUCUGCAUCGACUGAUGGUGCCAAAAUCAUCACGGUGUAUCCAGUCUCUGUAUCAGGUGGAGUUGAGUAUUUAGCAGCAUUAAAGAAGCCAUUCCCCCAUAUCCCACUGGUUGCAUCACAAGGCAUGGGAUUAGAUACAGUUGGAGCAUAUAUAUGUGAGGGAGCAACAGCUGUUGUUUUAUCAGAUGCCAUAUUUGACAAAAAGGCUAUGGCCGAAAGAAAUUUUCUUCGAAUACAUCACUUGGCAUGCUCUGCCGCAACCGAGGGGAAUCAAGCUGUGAGGAAAACUAAGUGUAUGGAUGAAUGAAAUUGUUAUGAUGCAUUUUCGGAAAUGAAAGGCAGCAACUAUGGUUCUUGAAAAUCAUCUUUGUUCUUGGAAAAUGUUAUACAUGGCUUUCUUGGUUGUGGGAGAAGAUGAAAGUUUUUCGUAGUCCUAGUCUCGUAGUUGUAGUCUGUAGACAAUGCCCCAAUGUGUUGCAGUUGGGACUUUCAACUAAUUCAGCAACCACAUGAUGUAAACAUGUAGGAGGUAGUAACAGUUUUAGGGGAGUACAUCAUAAAGCCAAUGGUAUUUGAUUAAGGAACAGUUUUUAUCUGAGUUAGUUCAUGUUCAGUUUUA